UGUGUGUGUGUGUGGGAAACACAGACAAGCCCACAGCAGCUUAACCAAACUUACAUUAGAUCUGCGUGGCGACUAUCAUAUGAUGGUUCCUCUUCUGUUAGCAUUCUUCAUGGCAUUCUGCCGGCUUCAGUGAUCUCAUGGAAUGCACAUGGGAUUUUCCUUCAAGAAAACAUUUAGCCCAACUCGACUGUGCUCUCACACCAGACCGGACUCUCUGCACGGGCUCAUUUGAAUGAGUUCACUCCUUUCUCUGAAAUGUGUGUCGUGGGAUUUGGGAUGUGAUGGCAAGGUGUCUUUGCUGACUGGAUCAAUGCCGUGCUGAAGGUGAAGGAAAAUGCGGAUAGCAUCAUUAAUUUGGAUUCUGCACGUCGUGAAUCUUACAGAAGGCCUUGAUAACACAAAGAUUCUGCGAUACAGACGUAGCUCCUCUGUGAGCAGGCUCUGUCCGACAGGUUGUGUGACAUGCUCGGCCCUGAAUGGCUGUCUGUCCUGUAAACCUCGCCUCUUCUUCCACUUAGAGCUGGACGGGAUGCGGCAGAGGGGCAUCUGUCUGUCCUCCUGUCCCCGGGGUCACUAUGGCAUGCGCUCUCCACACAUCAGCACCUGUAAGAGGUGCAAGGAGGACUGCGCUGCCUGUUUUAGUGAAAAUUUCUGCACACGUUGUCACCCUGGUCACUUCCUGUUCCGAGGAAAAUGUGAAAACAGCUGUCCGAACGGGGUGAUGGCGAAUGCAGCACUGCGAGAGUGCACAGAGUGCUCCAUAGGCUGUGAGGUGUGUGUGAGGAGGAACAUGUGUGUGAGGUGUAGAGCAGACCUGUACUCUCUGCACGGCCAGUGCCACCCCACCUGCCCGAGGGGAUUUGAGCCUGAUGUGCAGCUUAUGCAAUGCCUUCCCCAAGUGCACUGUGAGGUCGGGGAAUGGACAGAUUGGAGUCCAUGUGUUCGGAGAAGAAGCAUGCGGACCUACAGGAGGGGAGAAGAGACGCGUACCCGACAAGUCCUGCAACCCCCAAGUGUCUCUGGUGAUCCCUGUCCACAUGUGUCAGAGAUCAGGAAGUGUGUCAUCAAAAAGAGACCAAAGAAUCCAAGUAGGCUGUAAUAAGUUGAAAGAGAGCCACUUAUAAACUAUUGGUUGAUAUUGCAGAGAUAUUCAACUUGUUAUUGCACAUUCUUCUGUGGCUGGUGCUUUAAAAACUUGGACAGCUCUUGUAACUUGUAAAAAUGUCAAAGUGUAGAUGCAUUCAUCUAAAAUAAAACAGAUUUUUCUGGGCAGUCCAACAGAAAUUAAUAAAAGGGAUGGAUGGAUAUGACGAUCUUUCAUGAAAUCUUGUGUAUCUAUAAAUUCAUUGCUUUGCCUUAUCUGGACUUUGGCUGAAACAGAGACAUUUCAUAUGAAUAGCAGUCAUCUGCUAAAUUGAUGCCACUUGUGUUUUAUUUUACAAACUGAUUGCCUAACUUGAGUGUGGUUCAGUUUAUGACUUACUGUAAGUUUUUCUGAUGAC